AUGUCGACCACUUCGACGACAUGGCCGUCGGAUGUGAGCCCUCCUCUUACGACAGAUAAUGACCAUAACCAUAGUGGACUAGUUGUGGUCAUCACCGCGGUCAGCUUGUGUCUGGUUUUAUUUUCUCUCGCAGCGCGCAUGUUCUCUUCUUACCAUAGGAAUAGAUUGCAGCGCGAUGAUUAUACAUUUGGGGUUCUCGUGCUUGCAGCAAUCGUCCAGAUUAUAAUCGUGUUUUGUGAGGUCCACUAUGGGUGGGGAACUCCGAUCGAUGAUAUCGAGAGCACAAGGAAAGAGCAAAUGUUGAAGGUGAGUUGUUGUGGACGAGCUCAAAUCCUUUUUCAAUCCUCUAGGAUGAUUGACAUUACGAAGAUAGUAUAUGCUGCCGAUAUCUUCUCCAUUGUUGUGCUCGGCCUUUCAAAGAUGACAUCUUGCAUGUUCUAUGAAGGCCUGUUCUCCCAAGUACAACGUCGAAUUCCCUACGUCAUUCUUCGAGUCAUGAUUGUAUGGACAAUAAUAUCCGUGCUUCUGUUGGGAAUUCGGUGUUCUUCCAAACCCUGGUCCGAUAUCAGUGCCGCUGAGUGCAGUGGAUUGCCUCCCCGCUGGAAAGCCAUAACAGCCCUCGACAUUUCCACUGAGGUUUUACUCCUUGUAUAUGCCGCACUUGCAAUCCAUGGAGUCAGGAUAUCGACAAAGCAAAAGAUCGUCGUGUUUUGCGCCCUCGAGAGUAGGGUUUUGCUCAUCCCCAUCGCUGCGGUUCGUCUGCACUUCAUCCUAGUCCAACUCUCUUCAAAUGAUCCAACUCUACUUGGGUCCUUUGCCACGGUAUCGACGGAGAUAUACAUAGGCUUAAGUGCCACCUGCCUCUUGACGGCCUUUCUCAAGUCUUUUAUUGCAGUUUACGAGGACGAUAUUGGAAUAACAUAUACAUAUCGGCAGCCGUCAAAGUCUGAUUCUCGGUCGAGAACCACUGCGCCGAGGGACACACUGUCUAGCAGGUUCUCCCGUAGUGUGAGAACAGGGCGAGGAAUAAGGGGCUGGGAGCGAGAAGAAGACCCGAUUAUCGAAUCAUCCGGGGGUAUUCAAGGGUUACAGAUUAUGAAAACGGUGCAAUUAAGUGUGCGAGGCGAGUCGAUAGAGCUAUCAAAUCGAGGGGGAACUACAGGUGCCCAAUAA